UCGCAGUCUCUCGGACCUUUACAAUAAAGAUCGUUUAUUGUAAAAUCGAAAAACAGCAUGUCAACAAACCAAAAACUGAGCAGAACACACAAUGCUUAUACAAGACUGACUUUUACGAUGGAUAUUUUAAUUUCUGACUGACAACUGUAUAGUUUGAUUGAGAUUAAACAAGCCUUAACAAUGGUUAAAAGAAAAGGUAACCCACAGAGAGCUUCAGAAGAGAAAAGGAAAUGCAUGACAUGGAAUAUGGACACAAUGAAUGCAACAAAUGAAGGGGCAGGGUCUAUGUCUAUAGUUAGUGAUGACGAUCCUUGCCUAAUCCAUGAACUUCAACAAUCCAAGUCCCAAGGCUCUAUACAAAGACAUGCAACAGAUACUGAUCAACAAACCCGGCAGUUUUCACAAGACUUGAUGCAUGACAUGUUUAACAUUCUCUUAGAGGAAAGUGUAUUGUACAUUCCUAUACUAUGUAUGAGGAAACUUAGUUCUGACAAAGCUUUUGUUAAUGGAAUGUUUACUGUCGGGACUUUUAAGGUGCAGCUGACAAGUGAAAGCUUCACCCCACCCCUCCCAAAACAGCUUCCUGAAAGCUUGGAAUAUUGGCUGUACAUCCAUAAAAGUCAUGGACUGGACCAAGAAAGCAAAGGUCACAACAUGCUGUACUUUGAAAGCCAUGAAACAAAUGAAAAUGAACUUAAGGAGAAUUUGCAAAGAGUGUUCUGGUGUGCCAAAUUGGAUUUACCUUCACAAGUCCUUGAGUCUUUGAGUGAGUGCAAGCUUCUCCAUUGUGCUGGUUGUUACGAUCAUACAGAGGCUGUGGUACAUGUGACCAUUUAUGGAUCAGGUAGGAUGUUAAGUAAACCAGCCUAUGCCAGUGAACCAGUCAAGUCUAAAAUAAGCAGCACAGCUCUACAACAUGUCAUGGGAUUUUUCUUUUCCUUAAAACCACCAGACUACAGCCAUCUUCCUUGUGUAAAGAACCAUGAUAUAGAACAUUUGUAUGCUGUGGUGAAACAGAGACAUGACCGGGCUGACUUAGAUCUCUGUCUGAACAUACAGCAUGAGUGGUUGAGACCUCUGCUCCGACCGUACCAAAUCCAAGGAGUCAAGUGGAUGUUACAGAAGGAGCAGUAUGACCAUAUGGAGGACAACAAGACAACAGGCGAAGCUACCCUUCAUCCUCUCUACCAGGAGAUUGAAACCCGAGACAAACAGAUACUUUAUUACAAUGUAUUGGGAGGAAGCUUAUUAAAGGAGCGGCCAUUGGCCCUCAGAGCACCACCUGGAGGGAUUUUAGCAGAUGAAAUGGGUCUUGGUAAAACAGUGGAAGUGUUGGCUUGCAUCAUUCUGCACCCAAGACAGAACCUUGAUCCACCCCAGAAACUUAACACCUUGUCAGAAUAUCAGGAGAGUGAAAAGUCCAUUUGUUCUGAAGUGGAGUUCACUUUGGAAGGGAAGAAAAUGAUGAAAGAUAAGAAUGAGGAACCUCAGUGCAUAGAACUGUCUAACAGUGUAACCCAGAGAACAGACAGAGACACAGAACAAGAUGGAGUCCUUUCUGUCAGAGGUUCCAAUAAAACAAUGUCCAAUUCUACAGAACAAUCAAGUAUAGUCAAAGAUACAGAGACAGAUUUCACAGGAAAUAGUCAAAUAAACACAUGCAGUGCCAACAGCCCAAGGAGUUCUUCACCACAAUCAAAUUUAGAACAUUUGGGCAGCAAAACUUCAGGACUAAACUCUGAUCAUUCAAACUGUGGUGAAUCAAACAGUGUAGAGAAAGUAAUCUCUGUGGAAGGUUUAGAGAACUCAGAAGAAAGUGAACCCAGUGUAAAGGCAGAUGGACAUUCUUGUGCUCUCAUUCAGACAGCUAAGGACAUUACAGUAAAUUCAGGUGUUUCCAUCAAUGGCAUGAAAGAAAACCAAAGUCUAAAGAGAGAUUGCAUGGAAGAGGAAGUUAAUAAUAAGGACUUCAGUAUAAUGGAAAAUGGAGGUGAAAAUUCUGGUUGUGAAGAGAAUGAUUGUACAAAAGAUAAAAACAGUUCCUGUGAUAUUGAAAAUGGACAUAUCUUGUCUAAAGGUAAAUCAGAAAGUCUUGAGGAAAUCCAGGUGCUGGAUCACAAUUAUGUAGAAAACUCAGACUUUUCAAAAUCUAAUUGUGAAAUCACAUCCAAGACAUCUAAAACAAAUGAUAUUCCACUGUCCAAAAAAUCAACAAAACCUAGAAGAUCCAAAUCCAGAAAGAAGACAGAAGAUAAAGUCACAAAGGAGAAAAAACCAGUGAGAAGAAAAAGUGCCUCCAGCAAGUUUGUUGAACUGGUUCCCGAAGACCAGUACCAGACAAAGAAUGUUUUUGAUCACUUUGAGGCAGUGGCUCCUAAAAACUUCUUUGAGUGUAUCUGUGGUGUGUCAUCUGAAGCAAAGGGAACCAGUAACUCUAGGAAAAAGAAACACAGGGUGCAGUGUGUGAUGUGUGGCCUCUAUCAACAUGCAGAGUGUGUGGGUUACGACCUUGAGGAUCCGUACAGAGGGCAGUUCAAAUGUCCACACUGCCACGUGCUGUCUGAGCCAAUCAAAUCGGGUGCUACAUUAAUCAUAUCCCCAGCAGCCAUUAGUGACCAAUGGAUGGAGGAAAUCCAAAAACACAUCAAAAAAGAGUCCCUUAAAGUGUUUAUAUAUAGCGGUGUAAGUAAGCAGAGAUAUAUCCAGCCAAUGACGUUAUCCAGACAAGACAUUGUAAUCACGUCGUACGAAACUCUCCGCAAUGAAAUCAACUAUGUCGAUCUACCUCACAGUAACAGUGACAGUGGACGUAAAUUUCGACAUCCAAAGCGUUUUAUGGCCACGCCCAGUCCUAUCACUGCAGUGCAGUGGUGGAGGAUAUGUCUGGAUGAGGCACAAAUGGUGGAAUGUACCACAACCAAGACAGCAGAGAUGGCCCUUAGACUGAGUGCAGUAAACAGAUGGUGUGUCACGGGGACUCCCAUCCAGAAAAGCAUCGAAGAUCUGUAUGGGCUGCUACUGUUCCUGGGGGUGGACCCUUACUGGGUGAAGCAGUGGUGGACCAGGCUACUGUAUGAGCCGUAUUGUCACGGACAGGAGGAACCAAUGAUUGACCUUGUCUCCAAGGUCAUGUGGAGGACGGCCAAACACGAUGUCCUUGAUCAGAUCAACAUUCCUAAGCAGACAGAACAUGUACAUUGGUUGACAUUUUCUCCAGUGGAGGACCACUUCUACAGACGACAGUACACCAUCAGUAUCCAGGACUCCAUGAAGAGGUUGGAUAAAUGGAGGGACCCCACAGUAAAGCUGAGCAGCCUGGACAGAGCCACAGCCAAUCAGCUGCUGGGCCCUCUACUGAGACUGCGUCAGGCCUGCUGUCACCCCCAGGCUGUCAAAGGAGAGUUCCUCCCCCUUCAUCUCAGGAGGAGCGCCAUGACGAUGGAGGAGUUGUUGGAGUCGCUGACCAAGAAGUCGCGGACAGAGUGCGAGGAGAGCCACAGACUGUUGAUUGCGGCGUACAAUGGUCUGGCCGGCUGGUACAUCAUCAGCCAACAGUUUGUUGAUGCUGUGGAGAUGUACCGAGAGGUCAUGAGGUCGGUGGAGGAACACAAGGAUCGUCUCCGUACCGACGACCUCCAGCAGCUACACGCCAUGUACAACCUGGAUGAGAUACUUCAGUCUAAACCCGAGGGGGUACAGCCAACCCUCAGGGAUGGGCAGCUAAAGGAGCAGAUGGAGGAACUGAAGGUCAAGUACCUGACCAAGUCACGUAAUGUUGUCCACUCUGUGAGGGACCAGUUGUCCCCCGUCACCCAGGGUCUUCAGGACUUACAGAGAGAGUUCAGUGACGGUCAAGAAUGGUGGUUGGAGGUGAUAGAGACAGCAGAUCAGAGAGGAAUCGAUGAUAAACUGAUUGUCAACGUAAAGAACGACCUUAGCAACCAACAGACCAGUGUUCUCUCCAUCUCCAUGGCAGGGGCAUUCCAUAAUGUACAUGGACUGGAGUUAGUUUUAAAUCAGAGAAUGAUGGCCCUGGAAUCUGCCUAUGAGAAAUUGAAACAGGCCCUGAACAAGGUUACGGGAGAACCAUCACAGGACCUGAUCAAUGAGACAGUAGAGUGCUGUCUGAGGCCCAUAGAGAGGGUUAAAAACAGCUGUCCAUUUUGUAAAAUCCAUAUCCUGUUUGAAGAUUAUGAGGCUAAGCUAUUUUCAUUCACAGAGAGGACUUUUGCGGUUGCCGAGGAUACCACUGAGGGUAUGUCUGGAUCUCGUCGCCAGGGAACUUGGGCAGACAGUGAGAUGGAGAAAGCCCUGAAAUCUAUCCUCAGUUUUGCCAAGAGUCAUGCCAUGGACAGGGAACUUGUUCAGUAUGGACAGACACAUAUAGAGAUUAUUGACAAAAUGAAGAAAGAGUUCAAGUUACUGAGAGUGUUAUGGAUUGAGUGUAAGGCCCACGUCUCAUCGUUCGACGAGCUGAGCAUGGCCACCACCAGACUGAGGCUGAGGUUACCCGAUGAACCGAAACCUGACAACACCCAGCUCAACAUCCUGGAACCAAGCGAGCUUGACCAACACAAGUUGAAGUUAUUAUCAGACAGGACAAUAAACCAAAAUGAACUCAGGAAAAAACUGGGACAGUUGUUGUACCUGCAAAACCUGGCCAAGGCACAACUAAGCACAGAGAGUGGAGAAAAUCCUGAACUCUGUCCGAUUUGUCAGAAGGAGCUUGGGAAAGAGUGGUGCGUUCUCUACUGCGGCCAUUGUUACUGCCUGGACUGUAUACGCAUUCUCUGUGAGCAGUACAGUUUUGGGGGACGUAAUCGUCUGGUGAAGUGUGCUGUCUGCCGAGAUAAAACAUACCACAGUGAUAUAUCUUAUGUCAGCACUGUCAAGACAGACGAAGACAGAGAGGGAGAAAUGAAAGUACAGGGAAGUCACUCUACAAAGAUUGUUGGAUUAAUCAAGUGUGUGAAAAAGAUCAAAAGAGAUGACCCUGGUGCUAAAGUUCUUCUCUUCUGCUCAUGGACGGACAUCUUAAACAUCAUUGCACAGGCUCUGGAGGAAAAUGAAAUAUCAUUCAAAACUCUGUUUUCUGGAAGUAAAUUUCAGAAAAAUCUAGCAGCAUUUAAAUCUGACGAGGACAUCAUGGUUCUAUUGCUGCCGAUCCAUUCCGGUGCAAACGGACUGAACCUAAUCGAGGCCACUUAUGUCCUUCUGGUGGAACCGGUCCUCAAUCCGGCACAGGAACUACAGGCCAUUGGUCGGGUACACAGGAUAGGGCAGACCAGGCCAACCCAAGUUCACAGAUUUAUAAUCCGUGGGACUAUAGAAGAGAAGAUGUAUCGAAUGUUGAAAUCAGCUGAGGCCAGUGCCUCUAGUCAUGACACAGAAGAAAACUGUUUGACUGUGGGGGAUCUAACUUCUCUCCUGAAAGAGGAGCGGCUAGAGGAACAAGGUGAAAGCUCUCAAGUCUCAUGACAUUUUCUCUAGCAACAAUGUAAACAAGACUGUUUGAUCAUGGGGGGGGUCUAACUUCUCUCCUGAAAGAGGAGCGGCUAGAGGAACAAGGUGAAAGCUCUGAAAUCACAUGACAUUAUCUCUAGCAACAAUACAGACAAGACUGUUUGAU